GUUCACGCGCUGUCAAGUCAUCAUUUCGUCAAUUGCCCUUGCAAAUUUGCACAAUGAGGAGAAAACCUUUCAUCACAUCAUCAAGGUAAGGAUGGUAGGAACCGCAUGACCGCUCUUUUGACUCUGUAUAUAAUCUCUUGGUUCCCGUCCCUAUGUUGAAUGCUUGCCCUUUUGCCAUCAUCCAACAAAGAACAACUCUGCCCUACAGACAGCCCUACUAUACUCCUACUAUACAUCACUCAUAUACCUCUCACAUCACCUGAUUGGUGCUCAGUGCUCACCACAUCUUCCAUCCACGCAUAUUCAGCCAAUCACGAUCCCCCAAAUUAUUUGAUUCCCCCCUUCCAGUUUCCAACCAUGUCGACCAUCUCAUCAUCAUCAUCACGAAAAUAUUCCAUUGUGGAACCACAUCCAUCCGUCCCCUCAACUCAGUAUUUCAGCACUGGACGGGGUGGCGCAGGAAACCGAGUCAGGGCUCCAGUCGAAGUGACUCGAGGAUCUGAUGCCUCGGGACCUGCCUCUCGCGUGGCUCUGACACAAUCUCAGACCUCACGCAAGUCCUUCACCACCGGCCGUGGUGGUGCUGGCAACGUCCACCGAUCUUCCGAGCGGGCAAUCUUCUCAUUCGACGAGGAAUUGGAACGCCAACUCACCCAAGAAAGGCGUGCGGCUCCAGUCUACCACGUUGGACGUGGCGGUGCUGGUAACGUCUCAGUCUCUGGCAGUUCCCCAUCCCCUGCAGCGUCGCGACACUUUGACGAUGAACGACGUCGAUCGGUCGACUCGAGGGGCAGUUUCGCAUCAACAGCCUCGAGCGAGAGUGGCGCUGACUACCUCAACCGCAACUUGAAGAGGGGCAUCAAGAAGAUGUGGGGUCACUAGCGGACCGAUGCAUCUGAUCACUUUCUUUUCUGUCCUUCGACUCUCACGAUUUUCCUUGACACUGAUUUCAUUUUUUCACACACACCAUCAUCUGAUUGUUUUUUUGGCCAGCAUUUACUUCAACUCAUUGGCGCGGCGUCAUGGCACACAAACUGUUGAGCAUUGUCAGUCCUUUUUACAGGACUUGACGGGGGGGCCGGGGAUAAGGAAAAAAGCAUCUUUACCUCGAGACACAAGGAAAGGAGACUCGGACAAGAGAGAUAAAGGAGUAUUGUCGACUACUCACGACCACAACCGUAUGGUCCUCGAUGGAAAAUGUUGCAAUAAAGGCAUCGACACUCCAAGUACGGUGUUGGUGUAAUAGCUGGAACAAGUCCCAAGUCCAAAUUCUGCAUCGGUCCGGACACUCAUCUGUGAUGCGGUAUUCGAUGAUGAUCAUGAUGACCACUGGUUGCCACUUAGGGGUGGCUGCCGGAUGACUCUGCUUGUUGAAGCUACUUUCUUCUCUUUGAUUCGAUAAUAUGAUGAAUACGAUAUGAAUGAACCAAUAGCCUGAAUCUGAACUUGAAUCUGGCCUUUGGCUGCUCUGAUC